AUACCGCACGGUCAGACCCGAACACGGCUCAGUCGGCGAGUUAAGCUCAUCGGAUGCGUAAAGUCUGAAGGAAAAGGUGGAAAAUCUACUCCCCACACGGAGAACACUAGGAGGCAGUUGUGAAAAUUUUUUAAAGUGAAGUGAAAAGUUGGAACGCAGCAUUUGAAUCACACACACGUACGUCAGCGAAAAGUUUAUUUCUGUCACGAGAAAGUGGGAAAAGUUCCCAAUUAGUGAAAAGUGAACGGUGAAGGUGAAAAGUGAUAUUCUACCCCACUGAAACCGGAUCAGCCCAGCCACACAAACAGGAAGGAGGGAAACCCUCUGCGGAACCAGUGUAAAUGUUAUACUGCUGGGAGCAAUUCCACAAGCAAGUCAGUGUUUAGCAGUAUUUUAAGCUCAGUGUAUGUGCGCGGGUGGUGUGUAAAACAUGGCGGACCAUGAUUUUGCGCCGAGCUUCACCCAGAAGCCGCAGCUGCGCCAGGAGGACGAUGGCAAUCGGCUAGUGUUCGAGUGUCAGCUGAUCGCGAAGCCGAAACCGGCGAUUGAGUGGUACCGCAGUGAAGAACUGUUGUCACAGAAUGCCCGCACCAAGUUCAAGAUCCAGUCGUUCGGCGAGAACAAGUACUUUGUGGUGCUCGAGCUGGACGACGUCAUCGACACCGAUGCCGGGCUGUACAAGGUGAAGGCCAAGAACCGUAUGGGCGAGGUUUCCGCCUCGAUCAAUCUCAAUUUCAGUCCCGUUGAUGAACCCGUGGAGAAACAAAUCGAUGGUCUCGCGCCGACCUUCAUUAAGAAACCCUCGAUCCAGCAGGAGAACGACGGCAAGCGGUUGAUCUUCGAGUGUCGGAUUCAGGCCGAUCCAAAACCGCAAAUCCGAUGGGCCCACAACAGUAAAGUAAUCGAUUUCACCCCAAGGCAUAAGUUUAAAGUACAAAACGAUGGCAAACUUUACUUCGCAACACUGGAGGUCGACAACGUGACGUUCGAGGACUCGGGCAAGUACAAGGUGACGGCCAAGAACGAGUUGGGCGAAUCGAGCGCCACAAUCAGCUUGAACUUCGACAGUGAGGAAGUUCCGGUCCCAGCGGAUGGUUUUAAACCAGCCUUUACUGAACGACCUGUCACACGACAAUCCGAUGACGGCAAGAAUAUUAUAUUUGAGUGUAGAUGUAUCGGUGAUCCGAAACCAACGUACACAUGGUAUCACGAGAAAAACGAAAUCCAGAUGAGCGGCAGGUUCCAAAGUGAGGUAGAGGAAGAUCAGAACCACUGCUAUCUGAUACGGUUCACAAUCAAGGACGUCAAGCAGUUAGAUCGGGGCGUGUACAACUUCCUGGCGAAGAACAAACACGGUGACUCGACGGCGACCAUAAACUUGAACUUCGAUUCAAGUGCGAAACUAGUAAAUCCCGAGGGCAAACCGCCCCGCUUUCCGCAGAAGCCCACCAUUUCCCAGAAGGGCGAAGUGCUCUCAAUGGAGUGCAUCCUGGAGGCCCUGCCGGUGGCCGACAUUACCUGGUACCACGGCCAGGACACGAUCACCGACGGCGAACGGUUCAAAAUCUUGCGCAAAGCGAUCUCGAUCGAUACGUAUCUGUUGACACUCCAAAUUUCACAACCGACCGCCAACGAUGGGGGCAUCUAUCGUUGCCACGCUUUUAACCCGUUUGGGGAAAGCAACGCGCAUAUUACGCUUAACUUCAAAGCGAAUGAGAACGAUAGAGGUUUCGCGCCAUCGUUCGUGGAGAAACCGAAGAUCAUCCCGAACAAGCUGGGCACGCUGAUAACGAUGAAGUGUAGAUGUAGAUCGAAACCGAAACCGACCGUCAAGUGGAUGCGUAAAAAACAGGAAGUCAAAUCGUCCAACAAGGUCACGCUGGAGGUGAAAACCGUAGACGAGGACACGUACGAGCUGACAUUGAAUAUCAAGGAUCCUAGCUCGGAAGAUGGUGGCAGUUAUUCGUGCGUUAUCAGCAACGAGUUCGGCGAAAGCAGCGCCACGCUAAAUCUGAAUAUCGAAAGCGAACAGGAAUCGACCAAAAAUGCGCCGGUGUUUGUGGAGAAACCCCACAUCGUGUCGCUGGACAAUGGCAAGCUGGUACGCAUGGAGUGCAAGGUUAAAACCGAUAUCAAACCCGACAUCACCUGGACCCGUGAAGGUAAACUGCUGAAGGAAACAAGCAAACUGAAGAUAACCAUGACCUCGGAGAAGGACGUGUACCACGUCAGCCUGGUGCUCAAGGAUCCACAGACGGAAGACUCCGGCACGUACAAGUGCAACAUCAAGAAUCUUCUCGGUGAAUUAAAUGCCAAUUUAAUUCUCAACAUUGAGAUCGUUCCUGUUAUCAAGGAAAAACCGAAGCUGGUAACGAACGUGAAGAAACGAAUGGCCGCGAUCGAGUGUACGGUAGCGUCCCGCUUCAAGCCGGAGUGCGUCUGGAUGAAGGAGACGACGGUGAUCAAGGAAACGCACCGUCACAUGAUCAAGAUCGAAGAAACGCGCGAGGGUGAAUUCGCCGUCAAGUUGAAUAUCACCGAGCUGAGCGAGGCCGACUUCGGCGCGUACAAACUGGUUGCCAAGAACGACAAGGGUCAGGCAACCUCGCAUGUGAUCGAGAUCAAGGACAUCGUGCUCGAGAAGCCCCCGCCGACCAAGCCGAUUAUCGACAGCAAAUUCAAGGAUGUGGAAAUCGACGAAGGUGGCAACCUGACGCUGGCCGUGGGAUUGGUCCAUCCCGAUCGCACCUUCAAGGUGUACUGGAUGAAGAACAAAACGAUCCUGAAGGCCAGUGAGACUGUCAUUCAGGAGUUCAGUGGGCGCAUGGCCAGGCUACAGGUCAAGAAUUGUACUGUUGAGGACGCCGGUAUGUAUAAGGUUUCCAUUAGCAACGAAACUCAGAGCGACGAAUGCGAGGCUAAGGUUUCGAUCAAGGCUAAACCUAAACCAAAAGAAGAGGAAAAGAAGAAGAAGGUAGUGAAGAAGGAGGAAAAGUUAGAGGAGAAGGUGGAAGAGAAGAAGGUGGAGACGAAGCAAGCGAAGAUUGAAGUAAACGGCGUCGAGAAGGUCGAAGAGGUGAAGAUCGAAGAGAAGAAGGCCGAGGUCAAGGUUGAAGCCAAGAAGGUCGAGGAGAAGAAGGCCGAGGUCAAGGUGGAAGAGAAGAAGGCAGAAAUUAAGAUAGAGAAGAAGAAGGUCGAGGAGAAGAAGAAGGUUGAAGAGAAGAAGGUUGAAGAAAAGAAGGCGGAAGUCAAGAAGGCUGCCGCGAAGAAGGAGGAGAAAAUCGAAAUUAAAAUCGAAGAAGAGAAGAAAGUGGAAGCCAAGAAAGAAGCCAAGAAGGAGGAGAAAAUUGAAAUCAAAAUUGAGGAGGAGGCGAAACCGGAAGUUCCAAAGGUUAAAGAGCCACCAGCAGCACAGAAGGGACUGGAAGCUCCAAGCAUCGAGAUCAUUCGUGAUAGCAAAAAUGGCAGCCGUCGAGGUUCAUUUCUGGAUGACCGUCGUCCGAGCUUGUUGAUGGGUGAUGAUACCAAACUGCGACCGGGAGAAGUAAUCGACGAACGAAAGAAACGACGACCGUCAAUCGAUGUACGACGCCCGAGCAUUCAAGAUAUGGACGAGAAAAUCAAUCAACCAUCGACCCCGUUACGUGCCAUCGGAGAGGACGGCAAGGCAGCGAUUAUUGUCGACUUCCAGGAGAGCUACUCUGCAGUCGAAGAUCAAACCGGUUACAUCUCGGUUCAGGUUGAAGGUAAUCCCGCCCCGACGUGGAAGUUCUUCAAGGGCAUUACCGAACUCAUCGAUGGUGGUCGCUACAAGCAUCAUACCGAUGGCGAGAGCAAUACCAUCACGCUGUGUAUCCGAAAAGUCAAACCCAACGACGAGGGCAAGUACAAAGUGGUGGUCUCCAAUGCCCACGGUGAAGAUUCGGCCGAAGUGCAGCUGUACGUAUCCGACGCCAGUGGUAUGGAUUUCCGUGCCAUGCUGAAGAAGCGAAAGUACGCCAAGUGGGGCAAAGAGGAGAAGGAUCCCGACUGGGGUGAUCUCAAGGAGGUCGAGAAGCCGAAACCACAGCUGAAGAAAGUCGAAAGAAAACAAGACACGUUCUCCAGGCCACUGGUAGAUAUCACCUGCAAAGAAGGACGCGAAAAGAAGGUUGUAUUUGAAGCUAACUUCACCAAGCCCAACGCCAAAGCGAAAUGGAUGUUCCGCAAAGAUGAAAUGUUCCCAGGCUCGAAGUACAAAUUCAAAAACGAAGGUGAUCUGUACACUGUCACCAUUUUCAAUCCAAAAGCGGAGGACGCAGGUAAAUACACUCUGGAGAUUGCGGGCAUUUCCUGCUUUGCUUAUUUGACCGUCGAAGAGGCCGAUCCGGUGUAUAAGUUUACCAAGAAUCUCAAGAAAGCGGAGAAGGGUUUCAUAACGCACGACACAACGCUCGAGUGUGCGGUUGACAAUUCGAUGGCACCGAUAUCCUGGUGGAAAGGUGAAACCAAACUCGAAAGCAACGAUAAGUACGUCAUCGGAAAGGACCUUAGCGGUACUGUGACGCUGAUUAUCAAAAAUUGCGUGCCGGAGGACGCCGAUACGUACACCUGUCGAAUCGAGAAACAGCCGGAUAAGACGGAAACGAAGUUGAAGAUCUUGGAGUACAACUACAAAUUUACCAAGGUACUCAAGAGUCAGCAGUUGUUCGUCAAGGACACCGUUACUCUGGCCUGUGAGCUGGACCACGCACUGGGUAAGGUCGAGUGGUUCAAGGGGGAUACCAAGAUCGUCGAGAGCGACAAGGUGCAGAUCAUCAAGGAUGGACGCAAGCACAAGCUGGUUCUGAAGGAUGUCGAGAAGGCCGACAGUGGCAUUUACCGAUGUGUGAGCAACGCCGACAAAACCGAAGCCGAUAUUCAGGUUAAACGACCGAACAAGAUCCUGAAGAGACUGAAGGACACUACGGGUGACGAGACGCAGAAGUGCGUACUCGAGAUACAGGUGCAGGACGAAGAAGCCGAGGUGAAGUUCUUCCUUGGGGAGGAAGAAAUCACCAAGAGCGACCGGGUGCAAAUUGUGGCAACCGGCGACGGUACUCAUCAGCUGAUCUUCAACCAGCUGGAGCUAACCGAUGCCGGUGAAAUUCGCUGUGAGUGCGGACCACUCACCACCAAGUGUGAGCUGAAGGUCAACAAGAAGGAGACCAAGCCGAAGUUCGAGGUGCCUCCGAAGGUAGAAACGCCAGCCAAGGUUGAAAAGAAGGUGGAGGUACCAUUCACAACUGGUGAGUCCCGCCAGUCUAAGGUCAUUGCUAAGGUGUUCAAAGAUGGUAAACCGGUUUCACCGGAUGAUGUUGAUAUAGUUGUAGAGAAUGAUAAGGUUGUGAUCAAAUUUAAGAAAACUGAGUUUAAAGACUCAGGUGAAUACAAACUUGUGCUGGAGAACGCUACUGGAUCGGAAGAACACACAAUGAAUGUUGUGUUCCAGGACAAACCACAGCCUCCAACCGAAAUUCAGGUCGGUAAUGUGUUCCAAACUCGCUGCGUGGUUAAAUGGAAGGCACCCGUAAACGAUGGCGGAGCGCCGCUUACCAAAUACGUUCUCGAGCGGCAGGAUGUGUUCAAACGGUCUGGAUGGGAUGUUCUCCAGGACGUCCCGGGUGAUCAGACCAAGUUCGCCGUCACUGAUUUAACUCCAGGCCGACAUUACAAGUUCCGAGUUAAGGCAGUGAAUAAAAUGGGUGAAUCCGAAUAUUGCAGCAUGGAGGAAGAUUUCAUUGCCAAGGACCCGUGGACGGAACCCGAUCCACCGAGAGAUUUGGUCAUUUCCGAUUGGGAUAAAGACUUUGUUGAGCUUUCCUGGAAGGUACCGGUUUCCGAUGGUGGCGCUCCAAUUCAGAGCUAUGUAAUUGAGUAUAAACCUUACACAGCCGCCAACUGGAAGCAGUUCGAAGAUGUCGGUCCGAAUCAGCUCAAAACUACGCUGCGGGGUCUUAAAGAAGGAGAAACGUUUGAGUUCCGAGUGAAAGCCAUCAAUCAGGGUGGGGCCAGUAAGCCUAGUAACACAACUGAACCCCUCAAGAUCAGGGACAGAUACGUUAAACCUUUCAUUGAGGGCGAAGGGCUGGAACCUCUUACAUUAAAGAAAGGUAAUACGAUCCGUUACUAUGUCCAAUAUGGUGGCGAACCCGAACCCGAAGUGGUCUGGGAAAAGGAGGACAUCCUGAUAAUCUGUGAUUCCGAAAAGCGAAAGACAAUCGACGUGGAAAGCAAUGCCACAACACUCCAGGUGCGCCACGCCGUUCGAGCCGAUUCCGGCACUUAUAAGCUGAAACUGAAAAACAGCAGCGGAGAGUUUGUAACAUUCGCCAAAGUAUUAGUUCUGGACGUUCCAACUCAGCCGAUUGGACCAAUCAAAAUUGAAAAGGCCAGAGCAAACCACGUUGUCAUCAGUUGGCAACCGCCGGAAGAUACGGGAGGCUGUCCACUAACGGGUUACAUCCUGGAAAAGAUGGACGUAGAAAACGGUACCUGGCUACAAGCCGGAGAGUGUGGAGCCGAGCAGCUAACCUUCGACUUCCAGCAUUUACAGAAGGGAAGAAAGUUCGAGUUUAGAGUAAAAGCGUACAACAAAGAAGGUGAAUCCACUCCGCUGGAAACACUGCUGGCGGUAAAGACGGUCAAUCCCUAUGAUCCUCCAGAAGCACCAGGCAAACCGGCCGUCGAUGACUACGGUAUCGACUACGCUGAGCUGAAAUGGGAAGCACCAGAAAAAGACGGUGGUCGACCGAUCACACACUACAUCAUUGAAUUUAAGAAUAAAUUCCUGUCCGACUGGACGGAAUGUGCUAAGACCGAAACUCCCGACACUGUACACAAGGUUACUGGUCUCAAGGCGAAGGUAGUCUACCAGUUCCGUGUCCGUGCCGUGAACAAGGGUGGAGCAUCGAAAGCAUCGGAGCCAAGUGACAACCACACCGUGAAGCACAAGAACCUGAAACCUCGCAUCGAUCGAACGAACCUGAAGAACGUCACGAUCAAGGCCGGCAAGGCACAUCUCUGGUCGGCGGACGUUAUGGGCGAACCCGAACCGGAGAUCUUCUGGAGCUGGCGAGACAACAUUCCACUGACGAUUACAGAAAACAUCAACAUCGAAAAUGCAAAUUACCACACCAACUUCUCUAUUAAGGAAGCCAAGCGGGCCGAUACGGGAAAGUACAAAAUUACCGCGAAGAAUGCGUCCGGUAAAGAUGAGGAAGAAGUAGAGCUUGUGGUGCUUGGUGCACCCGGUAAAUGCCAAGGUAAGCUGGAGAUAUCGAACGUUACCAAGAAGGGCCUGAAGUUGAAGUGGAAAAAACCUGCCGACGAUGGCGGCUGUCCAAUUACCGAGUACAAGAUCGAGAAGUUGAAGAACAGAAACGGUAAAUGGGUGCGCUGUGGUACCGUGAAGGGUGGCCCGGAGAUUUUGGAAGCAAACAUUACCGGACUUGAUGAGGGUCAAAUGUAUAAGUUCCGUGUCAUAGGUGUGAACGCGGAAGGUGAGUCGGAACCACUGGAGUCGGAUGAGGUAGUUGCCAAGAAUCCAUACGACGAACCAUGGAAACCGGGUCAACCGGAGAUCGUAGAUUACGACAACAAGUCUGUCAAGCUGAAGUGGGCCCCGCCGAAAUCCGAUGGUGGUGCUCCCAUUCAGAACUACGUUGUUCAAAAGAAGGAACGUUUCAAGGAGUGGCAAGAUGUCCUUGAAGUACCCGGAGGCGAAUGCACGGCAACGGUUGAGGACCUGAAGGAGAAUACCGAGUGUCAGUUCCGCAUCAUUGCUGUAAACAUGGCUGGUCGGUCGCCCGAGUCGGAUCCGACAAACACGCACAAGGUGAAGUACCGUGCACUGAAACCACGUAUUGAUCGUACAAACUUGAAGCCGAUCGUUGUCCGUGCUGGAAAAAUGGUUCACUUCGAUGUUAAUGUGAAGGGUGAGCCUGAACCGGAGAUUAGCUGGAUUCUGAAAGAGAAGCUUGUUUUGGGUGAUGAUCACUAUGAGAUCAUCAACAAGGAUUACAACACAAAGUUUACCAUUAAAGACAGCUUGCGUAAGCAUAGUGGAGUGUACGAGAUACAAGCCAAGAACGAACAUGGAAUGGAUAAGGAAAAGGUUGAAGUUACUGUGUUGGCCAGUCCUAGCAAACCUAAGGGCCCGCUGGAGGUUAAAGAUAUCACUAAGGAUAGUUGUAAACUGAAGUGGAAGAAACCGGAUGACGACGGUGGUAAACCGAUUACAGGCUAUGAAUUGCAGAAGUACGAUCAGAAGGUUGGUCGAUGGGUGCCUAUUGGUAAGGCACCAGGAGAUGCCGAGGAGUUCGACGUUACCGGACUGCAAGAAGGACAGCACUACAAGUUCCGCGUCAAAGCCAUCAACGAUGAGGGUGAAUCGGAACCACUGGAAACAGAUGAGUUCAUGGUCGCCAAGAAUCCGUUCGAUGUUCCCAAAGCUCCCCAAGAUUUGGUCAUCAACGACUGGGACAAUAGUAGCGCAACACUCCAAUGGAAGCGUCCUCUUUCGGAUGGUGGCGCAGCCAUUACUGGUUACUUCAUCGAGAAGAAGGAACGCGGAGAAUCGAAAUGGGAACCGGCGCUCACUACGUACAGUCCCGAGUGUCAAGCGAAGGUUGUUGAUUUGCCCGAAAAGCGUACCUACCAGUUCCGCGUCAGUGCCAUCAAUAAGGCCGGAACGGGAGAGGCUUCUGAUCCGACUAACUUCCAUACUGUCAAGCAUCGUUAUCUGCGUCCACGUAUCGACCGUACCAAUCUGCUGCCUGUGACCAUCAAAGCUGGUCUGUCGGUGCAGUAUGACAUCGACGUGGAAGGCGAACCGGCACCGACGGUUAAGUGGUUCCGCGGGGACAAAGAAGUCCAAACCGACGCCGACUACAAGGUGGACAAUGCCGACUACAACACCAAGCUUUUCAUCAUGCGUGGUCGUCGUAAUCUGAGCGGAAAGUACACGAUCGUUGCUACUAACUCACAGGGUGAGGACCGUGCCGAGGUGGAGAUAACGAUCUUGAGCAAACCGGGAACACCGGAGGGACCGUUGGAGGCGUCGGAUGUGCACAAGCAUGGUUGCAAGUUGAAGUGGAAACCUCCGCUGGACGAUGGCGGUAUGCCGAUCGAGGGUUAUGAAAUUGAGAAGCUGGACCCACUAACCGGCCAAUGGAUCCCAUGUGGUCAGAGCAGUACACCGGAAGCGAACGUUUCCGGUUUGCAAGAGGGCAAGCAAUACAAGUUCCGCGUCAAGGCCUUCAACAAAGAGGGUGACAGUGAGCCUCUUGAGAUGGAAACGGUCAUUGUGGCUAAGGAUCCAUUCAGUGUACCAAACAAACCGGGACGUCCCACGCCAACCAACUGGGGCAAAGACUUCGUUGAUCUGGAAUGGGCUAAACCGAAAUCGGAUGGAGGUGCUCCCAUCACCGAAUACAUCAUUCAGAAACGCGAUAAAGCUAGUCGUAAGUGGCAGGAUUCGGCAACGGUGAGCGGAGAUCGAACCCGUGGUGUCGUUGAGGACGUUGAAGAGGGUCAUGAGUACGAGUUCCGUGUGGUCGCUGUGAACAAAGCUGGACCUUCGGAACCAAGUGAUAUUUCCGAUAGCGUCGUUGCCAAACCGCGCUUCCUGGCUCCGAGAAUUGAUCGUAAAAACCUGGAUAAAAAGGUACUCCGAAGCGGUCAACUGCUCAACGUUGAAGCCGAUGUUACCGGUGAACCUGCACCGAAGGUUACCUGGCAACUGAAGGACAAGCUCAUUCUUGGCAAAGAUGAGGAUCGCGUCAGAGUGGAUAACGAGGAUUACAAGACAAACUUGAUCGUGAGGAAUCUCAAACGAUCGGACGCAGGCAUUUACAAAGUCACCGCUAAAAACGAUUCCGGAACUGACGUUGUUGAGAUGGAGCUCGUCGUUUUGGCUAAACCAUCGAAAUGUAUGGGUCCGCUCAAGGUUUCGGAUGUUACGGCCGAAGGCUGCAAAUUAGCGUGGUUGCCACCGGAGGACGAUGGUGGUGAGCCGAUCCAAUCGUACGUGGUCGAGCGUAUGGAUGUGGACAGCGGCCGCUGGAUUCAGGUGUGUGAAAGCCGAUUCCCUGAAGCGGACGUUUCCGGUCUGCAGGAAGGUAAAGACUACAUGUUCCGAGUGAAGGCUGUGAACAGUGAGGGUGAAUCGGAACCACUGGAAACGGACACCAGCAUCCGCGCGAAGAAUCCAUUCGAUCCUCCAAGUGCUCCAGGAAAACCCAAAGCAACCGAUUGGUCGAGAAAGCACGUGUUCUUGGAGUGGAACGAACCGGAAAGCGAUGGUGGUGCUCCGAUUACAAAGUAUAUUAUUGAAAAGAAGGAUGUCAAUAGCACCAAGUGGCAGAAGGCUAUGGAAACGGACGGACCAGUCAACAAAGCAAAGAUUCCGGAUCUGUUUGAGGGUACCACCUAUCAGUUCCGAGUGAAGGCCGUAAACAAAGGAGGUCAAAGUCCAUACUCACCGCUCUCGGAGCCAGUUUUGGUGAAGGACCGAUUUGCACCACCGAGAAUCGAUCGCUCUACGUUGAAGAACUUAACAUUGAAGGGUGGUCAAUCCCUCAAACUGGACUGCAAGAUCAGUGGCGAACCAGCUCCAACGAAAUACUGGCUGCUGAACAAAGCACGAGUGGAGAAAGACAAUCCCGAUGUUCGAGUCGAAUUUGAAGAUUACCGUGCUAAGCUGACAAUCAGUGGUGUCACUCGUGCCCACAAUGGUGUAUACGAAAUAAAGGCCGAAAAUGCAUCCGGAUACGAUGAAGUUCAGAUCAACAUAACCGUUCUAGACAAACCCACACCUCCGGAGGGACCUCUGAAGGUAUCGAACGUUCAUAAGGAGGGUUGCUCGCUUAAGUGGAACCCACCGCUGGACGAUGGAGGUGUUCCGAUCGAUCACUACAACGUUGAGAAAUUCGACAAAGAAACUCAGCGUUGGGUUCCGGUUGGUCGUACACCCGACACCCAUAUGGAAGUUGCCAACUUGGAACCAGGACAGGAAUACUUGUUCCGAGUGUCCGCCGUUAACGAUGAAGGUAUUUCGGAACCGCUGGCUACCGAACAGUACAUCGUAGCCAAGAAUCCAUUCGACGAACCCGGAAAGCCUGGAACGCCUGAAGCUUACGAUUGGGACAAAAACUUUAUCGAGCUGCGCUGGACUCCACCGAUGACGGACGGUGGAUCCCCGAUCACCAAGUACAUUGUGGAAAAGCGCGAACAUGGCACCAUCAGAUGGAUCAAGUGCGCCGAGGUGAUCGGUAACAAGUGUGAAGCCAAGGUAACGGAUUUGAACGAGGGCGAAGUGUACGAGUUCAAGGUUCGAGCCGUUAACGAAGCCGGUCCCGGAGUUUGGAGUGACCAAAGCAAACCGAUUACUGCCAAGCCUAGGAAGUUACCUCCGAAGAUCGAUCGCCGCAAUCUCAAAAAUCUCAGUGUUGCCAUUGGGGAACCAUUUGGUUUCGAUGUCAAGAUUUCGGGAGAACCUGCACCGGAUGUCGACUGGACCAUCAACGAUCGCAUGGUAACGGUAACGACCACUCGUACGAUCGACAACGUGCCGUACAACAGCAAGUUCGUCAAUACCGAGCCGGAUCGUAGGGACUCUGGCAAGUACGUGAUCAAAGCUACUAAUAAGUUUGGUACAGAUCAAGUGGAGAUCACCGUCACUGUGAGAUCUAAACCAAGCGCUCCGGAAGGUCCACUGGAAGUGAAGGACAUGACAAAGGACAGUUGUCGCUUGGAGUGGCAGAAACCAAAGGACGACGGUGGUGUUCCUAUCGAUCACUACGUAAUCGAAAAGUUCGAUCCGGACAACGGCAUUUGGAUGAGUGCUGGCAAAACCGACGGUCCAAUAACCGAGUUCCCGGUCGAUGGUCUUGUACCCGGUCAUCGCUACAAAUUCCGUGUGAAGGCUGUCAACCCGGAGGGUGAAUCUGAACCGCUGGAAACGGCCGGAACGGUUGUGGCGAAGGAUAGCUUCAGCGUUCCCGAUACUCCAAGCGCUCCGACUGUCGUCGAUUGGUCUGAGAAUCAUGCGGUACUCAAAUGGCCAGAGCCGGAUGAUGGUGGAAGCCCCAUUACAGGCUACAUCGUUGAAAAGAAGGACAAGUACAGCCCAAUUUGGGAAAAGGCCCUGGAAACCUCCUCGUCUGCUCCCACUGCUACAGUUGGUGGACUCGUAGAGGGCAACGAAUACCAAUUCCGUAUUAUUGCGGUCAACAAAGCUGGACAAUCUGACCCAUCUGAUUCGAGCCGAACCUUCACCGCCAAGCCACGAUUCGCCCCGCCAAAGAUCGAUCGCCGAACCAUUCGGGAUGUAUCAAUUUCCGCAGGCUCUAUGCUGAAGUUCGAUGUCUGCGUAUCGGGUGAACCAGCUCCCAAGUGCGAAUGGCGCAUCAACAAGGCAACCAUUCCAAGCGACAAACGGGUUGAGGUUCUGAACACAGACUACAACUCGAAGUUUAUUCUACGUCCGGCAAAUCGCGGCGACUCGGGUGAUUAUGAAAUCACUGCAACCAACUCGUCUGGUCGAGAUCACGUAUGUGUACAAGUGGUGGUCACGGAUAAACCAAGCCCACCGGAAGGUCCACUGCAAGUGUCGGACAUUACAAAGGAAAGCUGCAAGCUGAAGUGGAAACGACCGCGUGACGACGGUGGUUGCGAUAUCGAGUACUAUCAAAUCGAACGGUUCGACGAUGAAGCGAAUGCUUGGGUUCCGCAUGCACGCAGCGUUGAAACCAAUGCCGACAUCAGUGGUUUACAGAAUGGCAAGAAAUACAAAUUCCGCGUGAGUGCAAUCAACGCCGAAGGUGAGUCGAAACCAUUGGAGCAAGCCGGUGACUUUAUCGCCAAGAAUCCGUUCGAUGAACCAUCAGCUCCACGAGACUGUAAAGCCACCGACUGGGGUCCAGACUUCGUCAAGCUGGCCUGGCAACCGCCGGUUAGUGAUGGCGGUUCUCCGGUGACUGGUUAUAUAGUUGAAGUUAAAGACAAAUACGGAGAAUGGGAAAGGAAGAUGCAGGUACCGGCGGACGCUAAAGAAGCCGUCGUGCCGGAUCUGAUGGAAGGCCAGAAGUACGAAUUCCGUGUUCGUGCCGUGAACGAUGCCGGUCCUAGCGAUCCUAGCAACGCAACUCCACCAAUCAUCUGUAAACCGAAGAACCAACCACCAAAGAUCGACCGCACAAACCUGAUUGAUGUCCGCAUCAAGGCUGGAAACAAUGUUACCUUCGACGUCAAAGUCACUGGUGAACCGGUCCCCACUACAAGAUGGUCGCUCAACAAGCGCGAAAUCAAGCAGAACGAACGCUACAAGAUUCAAAACUACGACUACAACACCAAAAUCAUUAUCCGUUCGGCUACUCGAGGCGAAUCCGGCACGUACACCAUCGAGGCGGAGAACGAGAAUGGUAAAGAUACGGCGAACGUGUUUGUCACUGUUUUGGACGUUCCGAGCCCGCCAGGAGGACCACUCAAGGUCGCUGAAAUUACUGCGAAUGGUGCAAUUUUGGAAUGGCGUGCACCGGAUGAUGACGGUGGUCUACCGAUCGACAACUACAUCGUAGAGAAAUUGGACGAAACCAAAGGAACUUGGGUGUACGCCGGAGACUCUGGCAGCAACAAGUGUCAGGCGGAAAUCGACGGACUCAUCGAGGGUCACUCGUACAAGUUCCGUGUUCGCGCUCAGAACAAAAUGGGCAAAUCGGAGCCACUGUCUAUGGCUAAUGCAGUGGUUGCGAAGAAUCCCUUCCGUGCUCCCAGUCGGCCGGAGAAUGUUGUCAUCAAGGAUUACGACAAAGACUACGUCGAGCUGGAAUGGAAAGCUCCGGACAAUGAUGGCGGAGCUCCGAUUACUGGAUAUGUGGUUGAGAAAAUCAGCAAAUACUCGGGAGAUUGGGAGAAGUGUGCCGAAGUGGAUGGUGAUAGUUGUACCGCUAAGGUUCCUGAUCUGAUCGAGGGAGCCGCUUAUCAGUUCCGCGUGAAAGCUCUCAACCGCGCUGGGGAAGGUGAAGCGAGCAGACCAACUGAUUCACACAUCGCACGUAGCAAGAACCAACCGCCGAGAAUCGAUCGUAACUCGUUGUCUAAUGUGAAGAUCCGCGCUGGACUCACCUUCGAGUUCGAUGUUCCAGUACAGGGUGAACCGGUUCCGGCUAAGGAAUGGUCGCACAAGGAUAACAUGAUCAUCAACACGGAUCGUAUUAAGGUUAUCUAUGAGGAUUAUAGAACUAAAAUUCGUGUCAUGGAUGUCAAGCGUGGUGACAGUGGAGUGUACACGUUGACUGCCAAGAACAAGAACGGCGUGGAUAUUGCAGAUGUCAAUGUUAUAGUUUUGGAUAUUCCGGCUCCGCCGGAGGGACCAAUCCGUUUCGAGAAUCUCUCGAAGAAUGGAGUUACGCUUAUGUGGCGUCCGCCUAAGGACGAUGGAGGUUCGGAAAUUCUGCACUACGUUGUAGAGAAGCUCGAUACAGAUCAAUUGCGAUGGAUUCCAGUCGGUGAAACUAUUUCAACCAAGAUUCGUCCGGAUAAUUUGAUCGAAGGACACUCGUAUCAAUUCCGGGUUCGUGCUGUUAACAAGCAGGGCGAAUCUAUACCUUUGGCAACUUCACAGCCCAUCACGGCGAAGGAUCCGUACACCAAACCGGACAAACCUGGAAAGCCUGUGGUGGUUGAUUGGAGUGAUAACCAUGUCGACCUGGAAUGGUCCAUUCCGAAGAAGGACGGUGGAUCACCGAUCACCAGUUACAUCGUUGAAAAGAGACCUCGCUACGGUGAUUGGAAGUUUGCUGGAGAAUUCACUGAGCUGUACAAACCAUCGGCGAAAAUAAAGGAGUUAACAAAGGACGAAGAAUACGAAUUCCGCAUCUGUGCUGUCAACAAGGCCGGAGUAGGUGAUCCAAGUGAACCUUCCGAUCCGAUUGUCUGCAAGUCUCGGUUUGUGGCGCCACACUUCGACAAGAAUGCGCUUCGCGACUUGAUUGUUCCAGUGGGUAAGAAGAUUGCCUAUAACGUUACCGUUGAAGCGUCGCCCAAUGUAACCGCUACGUGGAAGCGCGAUGGAGUCGUUAUCCCAGAAUCCCAGCGGGUUAUCCGUGAAGCCUAUAACAAUGAGAUAUCGUUGGAGAUUCCAUUCUCGAUUCGUGACGAUUGUGGCAUGUACACACUGAUCGUGAAAAACGAAUGCGGCGAGUAUUCGGCUUCUGGUCACGUGACUGUUUUGGACAAACCUUCUCCACCGGAAGGUCCUCUGAGGAUUACCAACAUUACGACCGAAGGAUGCCGUCUAGAGUGGAAGCUACCGAAGGACGAUGGAGGUAGCCCGAUCACUCAUUACGUGAUUGAAAAGAUGGACAUGUCACGUGGCACUUGGUCAGCCGCUGGAAUGAGUACUUCGCUGAUCAAUGAAAUCUCUCGCUUGAUUCAUAAUAAACGCUACUCGUUCAGAGUUAAAGCCGUUAAUGAGAUCGGUGAAUCCGAACCGCUCGAAUCGAGUCAUCCGAUUGUUGCGAAAAACGACUUCGAGGAACCUUCACAACCACCGAAGCCGGAGGUUGUCGAUUGGGACGCCAACUCGGUUAGUCUGGAGUGGAACCCACCGAAAUCGGAUGGUGGAGCACAAAUCACAGAAUACAUUGUACAGAAGAAGGAGAAAGAUAGCCCGUACUGGACUACCGCCGGAAGAGUGCCCGGAAUCCAACGCAAUCUCAAAGUUCCGGAUCUGGCCACAGAGACGGAAUGGGAGUUCCGUAUAAUUGCUGUCAACGCCGCGGGAGAAUCGGAGCCUUCCGAUGCUUCGGAUGCUGUUCUAACCAGAUCCCGUUUCAUUGCGCCGAAGAUCGUUACCCCGAUGCGAGAUAUGGUGGUCAAAGCGGGACUUAUCUUCCACUUGGAUGUGAACUUCACCGGUGAGCCAGUUCCCGAUGUUAACUGGACACUGAACGGAAAACCAGUGGAAACAGAUAAGCGAACAACUUUAACUGCUGUCGGACAUCACACCAUCGUACACACCGUGAAUUGCAAUCGUGGAGAUUCGGGAGAUUACAAACUCGUAAUCAGCAACUCGAGUGGAACCGAUCAGGGAAGUUUCCAUCUAACGGUUUUGGAUCGACCAGAUCCGCCGGAGGGUCCUAUAAAUUACGAGGAGAUUACCGAGAAGAGUGUUACCAUAUCUUGGAAACCUCCGAAAGACAAUGGAGGAUCGGAAAUAACUGGUUACGUAGUUGAAAAGAAGGAUCUUACCCACGGAGGUGGUUGGGUUCCGGCUGUAGCGUACGUCAGUCCAAAGUAUACUCACACCAUAGUACCGCGUCUGAACAAAGGCAACAAGUACGAGUUCCGUGUUAUGGCUGAGAAUCUACAAGGCCGCUCGGAUGGUUUGGACAGCAAACACCCUGUGGUUGCAAAGGAUCAAUUCGGUCUUCCUGGUGCACCAUCCAAACCGGACAUUACCGACAGUGGAUACGAUCGGAUUACCCUUACCUGGAAACCACCGAUCAGCGACGGUGGCUCACGAAUUAGCGGAUAUAACAUUGAACGCAGAGAUGCUGCUACUGGCCGCUGGAUUAAGGCCAAUAAAUAUCCUAUUCCGAACAUUGAAUUUACUGACACUGGCGUUAUCAAGGGACAUCAGUACGACUACAGAGUAUCGGCUGUGAACGCCGCUGGACAAGGCGCUCCCAGUGAUAUUUCCAACAAGUAUUGGGCAAGACCCAUGCAACAGGCUCCAUCGCUCAAUUUGGAUAGUUUCACCAAGAGAACCAUCAAGGUUCGCGCUGGUGAACCGAUCGUCAUCACUAUCCCACUUGUUGGUGCUCCGAUUCCGACCGUUGAGUGGUUCCGAGGUGCCAUCAAGGUGCCCGAAUCAUCCAGAGUAUCAAUCGACACCAACAGCGAACAAACUGUGUUCCGUGUGGAUAAGAGCGACCGGAAAGAUUCCGAUAACUACAAAAUCAAAGCCUCUAACCAGUAUGGUGAGGAUGUUAAAGAAUUUGAAGUCAUUGUUGUUGAUCGUCCGCAACCUCCACGGAAUGUGUUUGCUUUGGAAACUACUCAGGACACUGUCACCCUCAAUUGGGAUGCACCGAAAGAUGAUGGAGGCUCCGAGAUUACUGGAUACAGUAUCGAGUACAAAGAGUUCCCAUCGGACAACUGGAAGAUGGUCUACGGAACGGUACCGCGAUGCUCACACACCAUCAAGCAUCUCACUGAAAAUCACGAGUACAUCUUUCGAGUACGCGCUGAGAACAUCUACGGCGCAUCGGACCCAACCGAAAGCAAAACUAUCUCACCAAAGAGUCCAGAUCCACCAGAGGCAGUCGAUAAACCAGUUAUCGAAGACCACACCCCAAGCUCUUGUACCAUUUCCUGGAAACCACCACGAGUACAAACUAGACCCGUGGUUGGAUACAUCGUUGAAAAGCGUGAACGUGGCACUGGAGAAUGGGUUCAAGUUAACAAUUAUCCGACUGUCAAUCUCACCUACACUAUUCCUGAUCUAGUGGAAGGCUUCCGGUAUGAGUUCAGAGUUAAGACCGUCAACGACGUCGGCUGCAGCAAACCGAGCGAACCUACAGACCCGAUCACUGCCCAACAUCAACGUAAACGUCCAAACCAACCAGAUCCACCAUCCAUCGACAAGAUCACUCGUAACAGUGUCACACUAUCGUGGCGCACCCUUCGCAGAGACGCUAAGGAAAAGAUCAAGGGAUAUAUCGUACAAUACCACCUUAAAGAUGACGAAAAAUGGCUUGAUGCUAACACUCUAGACGACUUGAUUAGCGAGCAAACCUAUCGCGUUGAAAAUCUGGAAGAGAAUAAAGAAUACCAGUUCCGUUUGGUGGCCGUCAACGACAUUGGCUCUUCGGAUCCUUCCCGUCCAAGCAUAACGGUUAUCCUGCAAGAGCAGCCAAACAAACCGAUGAUGGAUCUUCGUAACGUUCGCGAUAUUACGGUUCGUGCCGGCGAAGACUUCAACAUUCAUAUCCCGUACACUGCUUUCCCCAAACCAGUCGCGACUUGGUUCGCCAACGAUGAACAACUUGACGAUAGUGAUACUCGCAUCCAUAAGCAACUGACAGAUGAAGCCGCAAUCUUCGUAGUCACCAACAGCAAACGCACAGAUUCCAAGCAGUACCGCUUGAUGCUCAAGAAUCCUUCCGGCUACGACAUCGCUUCCUGUAACGUAAAAGUGCUAGACAGACCGUCCAAACCGGAGAACAUUGCCGUGGAAUCGUAUGGUGGCGAACAUCUGAUUCUCUGCUGGAAUCCACCACUAGACGACGGUGGUUCACCGGUGACCAAUUACGUGGUCGAAAAGAAAGACAAGAGCUCAUCGAACUGGACAAAGGUCAGCAGCUACUGUACGGCGACAUUCCUGAAAAUUCGCAAUCUGCGUAUCAACCAGCAGUACGACUUCCGCGUUUGCGCUGAGAACAAGUAUGGUCUCUCGGAUCCAGCCCAAUCGGAUUCGAUUGUCGCCAGACAUCCAUUCGAUGUGCCCACGCAACCGGGAACACCAACUCGCGUCGACACUACCGAUGACUCUGUUACCAUCACCUGGGCAAAACCGGCAAGCAACGGUGGUUCACCAAUUACGCACUACGUCGUCGAGAAGCGACCGGCCGCGGAAGGUAACUGGACCAAGGUGCAGCAGGGAACUCUCAAAGAUCUGGUUUGCAAGGUGUCCGGUUUAUCGGAGAAUCGCGAGUACGUUUUCCGUGUCGCCGCUGUCAACGCUGCUGGACAGAGUCCUUUCAGCUCGCCAUCGGAUCCGAUUAUGGUUACUGCCGCAUUCACUGCUCCGAAGAUUACCUCCGAUAUUGGAAUGCGCGAUAUUACUGUCAUUGCUCGUGAUCCGUUCAAGAUUAUCGUUCCGUACAGCGCCAUCCCCAGACCGGACGCUUUCUGGUUGGUCAACGGAAACGAGGUUUCGAAGAACGAACGCAUUGACUUGGUGGUUACGGACACAGAAGCGAUCUUUAAGAACGACUCCGCCAAGCGAUUGGAUACUGGAAGUUAUACUAUACAUUUGGUUAACUGUGUUGGUAAGGAUACCGCAUCCUGUCGGGUGCUGGUAGUUGACAAACCGACACCCCCUAUUGGACCGCUCGAGGUUAGUGAAAUUACACCGGAAUCUUGCACGCUGUCAUGGAAGCUCCCUCUGGACGAUGGCGGAAGCCCGAUCACCAACUACAUUGUCGAACGCUAUGAACCCCUUGGAUACUGGACUAAAGCAAGCAGCUUCGUGCGCACAACUCACUACGACAACAUGGGAAUGGAGGCGAACAAACAAUACAGCUUCCGUGUGCGCGCUGAAAAUCAGUACGGAAUUAGCGAUCCAUUGAUUCUGGAAGAGCCUAUCGUUGCACGCUAUCCAUUUACCGUACCAGAUCCACCGAAUCCACCACGUGUUUCCGACUGGGAUGCAAACUACGUCACCGUUACUUGGGAACGUCCACUCAUGGAUGGUGGCUCGCGCAUUCAAGGCUAUCGCUUCGAAUACCGCGAUGUUACGGAUAGCUCAUGGAUUGUUUGCAACUUCCUUAUCAAAGACAAUUCCUACCAGGUGUAUAAUCUCCUGCCAGGACGUGAGUACGAGUUCCGUGUACGUGCUCAGAAUGCUGCUGGUGUAAGCAAACCUUCUGCUUCUUCGAAGAAGUUCAAGGUUCACACUAAAAUCACUGCCCCCGCUGCACCAGGAGCUCCAGCCAUCAUUAAGGUUGGAAAGAGCUUCGUGGACCUCAGCUGGACACCUCCGGCUAGUGAUGGUGGUUCCCGAAUCACCGGAUACUAUAUUGAACGACGAGACGUGGGCGGAGCUCGCUGGGUUAAGUGUAAUGAAUCGAACAUCCCGGUUACCGAGCUCACCGUCACCAAUCUCAUCGAAGGUGGAGUGUACGAGUUCCGAGUGUACGCAGUUAAUAACUACGGAGUUUCUCCUCCGUCCGUGGAAACCCGUUCGGUUCGGAUCGGCGAGCAGCUGGACACGGAGAAGCCGGAAUGGGUCAAGAGGUUGAAGUUCAGCCUGGUGCCACUCGGAAAAUCGGUACAGCUUACUUGCGAAGCACACGGCAAACCGGAACCCACCUGCAGAUGGUUACGCAAUGGAAAGGAAAUUACCCACGGUGGUCAGUUUGCGCUGGAGAGCAAAAAUGGAGUGUUUACGUUACACAUCUCGAAUGUCACCUAUCGUGACGAGGGUGAUUACACUUGUGAAGCAAUUAACUUCGUGGGUGUGGUACACACUACAGCUGCCGUGAAGAUCGGCGUACCGCCGAAGCUGGUUAACAUUCCUUCGGAUGUAUAUCUAGUCAAGGGUGAAAAUGCGAAGAUCAAGCUCGCCUUCAGCGGCGAUCAGCCAAUGGAGGUUAAUAUUUCGAAGGAUCGCGAGAAGUUGAUCGAAACUGAUCACAUUAAGUACACGGUCUUCGACGACUAUGCUGUUAUCUAUAUUCGUGAUGUUGAUGACAGUGACAAGGGAGUCUAUUUGGUGAACUUCAAGAACGAUAGUGGAAGUGUGUCCUGUAAUGUUAACGUGCAUGUCACCGGAUUGCCUGGACCACCAACAGGACCGCUACUGAUCAGUCACGUUACUAAAAACAUGUGCACCGUGUCUUGGAAACCACCAACCUACGACGGUGGCCGUAAGGUCACUCAUUACGUCAUUGAACGUCGUGACAUUAAAUCGCAGCACUGGCUAAUUGUUUCCAACUACGUUAAGGAAUCGCAGCUCAUUAUCAAGGGCUUGAUCGAAUUUUCGGAGUAUCUGUUCCGCGUUUCGGCAGUCAAUGAAAAUGGAAUGGGUCCAGCACUGGAAGGUGUCGACCCGAUCAAAGCUCGUGGACCGUACGAUUUGCCAUCACCACCAGGUAUUCCAAUCAUCCACGAAGUUGGAGGCGAUUUUGUCAAUCUGGAAUGGGAGAAACCAUUCUCCGACGGAGGAUCUCGUAUUCAAGGUUACUGGAUCGAGAAGCGCGAACAGGGUAGUGAAACUUGGCAACGUGUUAAUUCGGUUUUGUGCUCAAUUUGUACGAUCAACUGUCCGAAUCUGGUCGAAGGUCGAUUCUACGAGUUCCGGGUUGCAUCGCAGAACGAAGUUGGUGUGUCCGAAUUCUCGAAGGCUUCGCAACUUGUGAAGGCUGAAGAUCCGGACGUCUGCAAACCACCGGAGGUGGUCAAACCACUGAACACAUUGACAUGCGUACAAAACAGAAACGUUGAGUUUGUGUGCAAGAUCACCGGCGUGCCACGUCCGAAGAUCACCUGGCACAAGGGUGCUCGCGAGAUUUGCUCCGGAGCGCGCUAUCACAUGUACAGCGAUGGAGAUACGCAUCACCUGGCGAUUAACGAUGUCUUUGGUGAGGACGCUGAUGAGUACACUUGUAGAGCGGUGAAUAAGGGUGGUAUCAAAUCGACGAAGGCCUCACUGGUUAUCAAAUCACCACCGAAACUCAACGUUCCACCACGCUUCCGCGAUACUGCCUUCUUCGAUAACGGUGAAAACAUUGAAAUUAAGAUUCCAUUCACCGGCUUCCCGAAACCAAGAUGCCACUGGACUCUGAAGGGCGAACAGAUCGAAUCCGGUAGCCACUACCAUAUCGAAACUCGUGAGCGGCACACCGUGCUAACCAUCCGUGAUGGAUCCCAACUGGAUUCGGGAACCUACACCAUUACAAUCGAAAACGAACUCGGACAAGACACAGCAGAUGUUAAGAUUCAGAUCAGCGAUCGUCCGGACAAACCGAGAAACCUCACGGUUGACCAAAUCGGACUGGAUCACGUCACACUCAGCUGGUUGCCUCCGUCAUGGGAUGGAGGUGCAAGCAUCACCAAUUACAUCGUCGAGAAGCGUGAAGUUCCACUGUCCACCUGGAUUCGUGCUGGCACAACUCGAUUCAACCAGCUCAUCAUUCCGCAUCUAUCGCCUGGCCAUCAGUAUGAGUUCCGAGUCUUUGCCGAAAAUGUGUACGGACGUUCCGAUCCGUCGGAUCAAACUGAACUGGUCAGCCUGAAGGAUCUGGGCAUUAAACAAACCAAGCGAGUGAAGUACGAGCUGGACGAAACGGGAAAACCGAAGCGCCAAGACAAACGGGAACCGAUCUCCGACUACGAUACGUAUGUGUUCGAUGUGUACUCCAAGUAUCACCCGAAACCGGUGGAAAUUUCCAACAAGAGUGUGUACGAUUUGUACGAGAUCCUGGAAGAGAUCGGCACCGGAGCGUUUGGUGUGGUUCACCGUUGCCGUGAACGUAAGACCGGAAAUGUGUUUGCUGCCAAGUUCAUUCCAGUGUCGACGAACUCCGAGCGUGACUUGAUCCGCAAGGAAAUCGACAUCAUGAACCAGUUGCAUCAUCGCAAGCUGAUCCACCUGCACGACGCCUUCGAGGAUGACGAUGAGUUUGUGUUGAUCUAUGAGUUCCUAUCGGGAGGUGAACUGUUCGAGCGUAUCACUAUGGAAGGUUACAGUAUGUGCGAACAGGAGAUCAUCGAAUACAUGAAGCAGAUCUGUGAGGCCGUCAAAUAUAUGCACGAGAAGAACAUCAUUCAUUUGGAUAUCAAACCGGAGAAUGUGAUGUGUCAGAAAAGGAACAGCAAUCAGGUGAAGUUGAUCGACUUCGGUCUGGCCACGCGUUUGAACCCGAACGAGAUGGUGAAGAUUUCCACUGGAACGGCCGAGUUUGCGGCUCCGGAAAUUGUUGAGCGUGAACCGGUUGGUUUCUACACUGACAUGUGGGCGAUUGGUGUGUUGGCUUACGUUCUGGUUAGCGGUUUGUCACCGUUUGCUGGAGAAACCGAUAUUGACACGCUGAAGAACAUCAAACAAGGAACCUGGGACUUUGACGAGGUUGCUUUCAAAGAUGUGUCGGAGGAGUGUAAGGACUUCAUCCGUCGUCUGUUGGUGAAGAACACAGAAAAACGUAUGACGGCCCACGAUUGUCUGUCGCAUGCCUGGUUGAGUGACAGCUACAACAGCUCUACUUCGCUGAUUUCGAUCGAACGCUACAAAACUAUCCGCGAUCACAUCCGCAGAAAGUACGACAACUGGGCGUCGUUCGUUCUUCCACUUGGACGGCUGUCGGAAUAUUCGGCUCUGCGCAAGUUGCUGGUUACCAAAUACAAGAUUCACGAGACUUCGUUCGACCGUCGCCAGGCUGCGCCACGAUUCGUUAUCCGACCCCAAUCGGCCUUCUGCUACGAAGGACAGAGUUGCAAAUUCUACUGCCGUAUUAUUGGUGUGGCAACUCCUGUGGUAACAUGGUAUCACAACAACCAGGAACUGAAACAGUCAGUCAAAUUCAUGAAGCGCUACGCAGGUGAUGAUUACUACUUCAUCAUCAACCGUGUCAAACUGGACGACCGAGGCGAGUACAUCAUCCGUGCAGAAAAUCACUACGGAUCCCGCGAGGAGGUUAUCUUCCUUAACGUUCACCCGAUGUCGAAACAGAUUCCAGUCUACAAACCUGAGAGCUUUACCAUCAGAAAGAGAGAACCCAGCCCACGUCCACUGUGGCAGGAUGAAUCAGAUGCCGCCCCGGUGUUCACCUUUGCUUUGCGUCCUCGUGUUAUGCAGAUGAGAGAUACCUGCAAGCUGCUUUGCUGUCUGAGUGGCAAACCGGUUCCCACUGCCAAGUGGUACAAGAAUGGUCGCGAGCUGAGCCGAUACGAGUACGCUAUGACCCAUACCGAUGGUGUCGUAACGAUGGAAAUUAUCGACACCAAGGUGGAUGAUUCCGCCGAGUACAAGUGCGUUGCUAUUAAUCCACUCGGAAAGGCGGAAACUAGCAGUGUUGUGAUCGUUGAAGAUCGUCGCCACACUUCAGAAAUACAACAGCCCAAGACGGAAGCCCGAAGAACAUCGAUAAAACGACCAGCACCAGCAUCGAAACAACUUGGACCACCAGAUGCUCGCUCUCGACAGUCGACCCGCGAAUUGAUGCCACUGCAAUCGGAUAGUUUGAUGCACCCUCCGGAAUUCACGAAGAAGUUGAAGGACGUAAUCGCCUCCGAUGGUGAACCCCUGCAACUCAACUGCCACGUUAACGGUGAUCCACUACCACAGAUCGUAUGGACUAAGAACGGCAAGAAACUGACCUCAUCGGAUGUCAUCGACAUCAAGUACAAAUCCGGCAUUGCUAGCCUGCGAAUCAAUGAACUUUUCCCGGAAGAUUCCGGUACCUACGUGUGUACGGCGAAGAACUCCAUGGGAGAAACCUCUACGCAGUGUGUGCUUGAUGUGAAAAAAGGACCUGGUGCCGGUACCCGACCAAUCGACAAAAAGGGUGCCCAAGCGAAGGCUCCGAUUAUCAACAAACACGCCGAGUCCGGCUACUACAAGGACGGCUCGGAAGUAACGAUCACCUGCCACGUAUCAUGCCCGGAUCCGUUCAAUGUGAUCUGGCUGCAUGAUAAUCGCGAAAUCAAAAACACACCCGACUUUGAGUAUCGCAACGACGGCGAUGUCUAUUCGCUGCACAUCCCAGAAAUCUUCCCCGAGGAUGCCGGCACGUACACGUGCGAAGCAUUCAACAAAGGUGGCGAAAGCUUCAGCUCCUGUACCAUCACCGUGCUGUCGCAGAGCGAACAGAAGGACACUCCUACCUUCGCCAAAUUCCCGGCGUCGCUAAGCGUGCUGGACGGAGUGAAGGCCGUGUUCAGCUGCGAAACGUACGACGCUCCAACGAAGCUGGAGUGGUACAAGGAUGGUGAACCGAUCAACGAGUCUUCCAACCGCUACCGGUUCGUGAAGAAGGACAACAAGUACAGCUUCACCAUUGCCAAGUGUUCGUUCGAGGACAUUGGCCAGUACCAGGUGCGAGCGGUGACGCGCACUGGCGACGCGCUGGCUUCCUUCUCUGUCAAUGUUAGUGCGUAGAGCAUGGCUUAGCCGUUAAGUUACCUAGGUUGUUUAGUUAGGUAGACGUAAUCGAGCAAUUAAUAUUUUUAUUUGUACUUUCUUUUUUGUUUCGAACAAAGAAACGUGCUGUAACUUGAUGUGUAACACCAUGUUCGACUACAUGUGUAAGUAAGUUUUUGUAAAGUAUUAUUUAUUUUUUGAAUUCUGAAUGGCACAAGGUUAUAGGCAUUGACUUUUUUUACUGUUGAUAAUUAUUUACGAAAAUCCAUAAAAAGAUAAUAAAACGAAGCAGUUAAUUGAUA